AUGUUUCGCGAUGAGAGCAAAUCGGUGGUCCGAAAAGCCAAAGCUGGGGCCGGGAGCUCCCCGUCCAGUCGGGGCAGACCAAACGGCGUGUCUGUACGCUCGUCUCGCACUGCAUCCCCAGACAGGAAUGAGGGGACACUCGUGUCGCAAGACCCAGCACAUUCUUUCCGAUCCGACAAAAGUGGCUUGGUGGAACUUGGCACAUCCACUUGCUGGGCCCGAUCACCAGAAGUUCAGCCCUCCACAGAAGCAUCCAGAGAAGAGGCGAUCUGCUUUUUCUUGCGUGGAAAUGCGGUUCCAGGAAACCUGUGGAUGGGAGAGCUUUUGGAUCGGUUCUUGGCCGGGCCGAGCACCACACCGAGUAUGAAAGCGAUGCAAUCGAGCUUACUCGCGGUCUCCUCGGCGAUGCUCUGCCGAGCCCGCAAGAUCAGAGCACUCACACGGCUGGCACAAGAGGAAUAUGUGUCGGCGCUCAACUUACUGAACACGGCUUUGACGGAUGUGGAAGAUGCCAAGUCCAAUCAAGCCUUGGGGGCGGUCAUACUGCUUGCCAUGUACGAGCUAAGACUGUGCCCCUCCACAAAUCAGAUUGUCACCACCAGAGCCCCGCGAGAUAUCAAUCAAUGGACGAAGCAUAUCUCAGGGGCGACCGCUCUUUUGCAUCUCAGAGGUCCAGAGCAAGUCAAUUCAGAGAUUGGCCUUAAGUUGUUCUUACAUUUACGUUAUCAGAUCGUGAUCAGUUGUAUUCAACGGACUGUCCGCGUGCCGGAAUCUUUGCUCCACUACACAGGGUAUGCUAUAUCGCUCCGACCAGCUGAGGCCCAAAGUAACCGCUUGAUCAUGGUCAUCAGCCGAUUGGCAAGCCUGCGCGCAGAUCUUCGUGAAGGGAUCUUGACCGACAGCCGGGAGGUUCUGGCAACCACAUCGAGCAUCGAGGCCGAUCUCGUCGCGUGGCUGGCGACUCUACCGCCCGAGUUUAAUUACCAGACUCACACAGUGACUCCUCACGAGCUUCGGUGGCAGAAGCGCCGUGGAGGGCUGAUUCCCUACGAUGGGCAAUAUCACGAAUACCCCAACAUAUGGAUCUGCAACACGUGGAACCAGUAUCGCUGCACGCAGAUCAUCAUCGAUGAAAUCGCGCUGGAACACAUUCGAAAGCUAUCCCAAUCCUCGACGACCAUGCCGCUUUCCGAUGAGAUACGGCAACGGUGCAGAAUUGCCCGGGCGAAAAUUCGGCGAUUGGCGGUUGAAAUCUGCCGCAGCAUCCCAUGCAUCGUCGGCGCCCACCUGGACCAUCGCUCGCCAAGCGCUCUGCCUCCGGAAAGAUGCAUGGGGGGACUCAUGGUGCUCUGGCCGCUCUUUCUCGCGGGAAUUGUCGAGAGGCCGGGCCAUUCGUUACGCCGGUGGGUCAUUCAGUGCCUUAGACUGAUUGGUCACACCUUUGGGCUCGACCAGGCCCUCGCUACGAUGGAUAUCGUGGCUGCCGAUGCUGGUAUCCUGCGAGAGACUGAUGAGCGCGCCGUAGCGGAAGAGAUUGUCUUGCCUACGGUCUUGGAGAGCUCUGUAACAUUACCAGAUGUUCAUUAUAGUCAGGUUCCGGCGUCGUCAGAGACAAUCAUUUGA